UUGAUCUUUUUGGGGCUUAUGGGAGAGUUUUGAUUGAUGGCAAAGGGGUUGUACUAUGCACCAGUUUAACUGUCUCAUGCCCAACACUGAACUGCUGACCUCAGUGGAGGAGAGGUGCUCUUAACGGUUCUCAACCCCCUGCGAAGAACCUCCCUCUGGAUUUUUUAAAAUUUAAUCAAGGGGUGCAGAAAGCUGCAGGUAUGUUUGCUGCUGUGGAGCAUGGCCCGGUGCUUUGCAGCGACUCCAACAUCCUGUGCCUGUCCUGGAAGGGCCGGGUACCCAAGAGCGAGAAGGAAAAACCGGUGUGCAGAAAGCGGUACUACGAGGAGGGCUGGCUCGCUACAGGGAACAGUCGUGGAGUUGUCGGGGUCACAUUCACAUCCAGCCACUGCAGACGAGACCGGUCCAGCCCACAGAGAGUAAACUUCAACCUCAGAGGACACAAUAGUGAGGUGGUACUGGUGCGGUGGAAUGAACCUUUCCAGAAACUGGCCACCUGUGAUACAGAUGGAGGGAUUUUUGUUUGGAUUCAGUAUGAGGGCCGCUGGUCUGUGGAGCUCGUCAACGACCGUGGAGCUCAGGUAAGUGACUUCACCUGGUCACAUGACGGCACGCAGGCUCUCAUCUCAUAUCGGGAUGGGUUUGUCCUGGUGGGCUCUGUCAGCGGACAGAGACACUGGUCUUCUGAGAUCAACCUGGAAAGCCAGAUUACCUGUGGAAUCUGGACUCCAGAUGACCAGCAGGUGCUGUUUGGUACUGCGGACGGACAGGUCAUAGUGAUGGACUGCCACGGGCGGAUGCUGGCCCACAUACUGCUGCAUGAGUCGGAUGGUAUUGUCAGCAUGUCCUGGAACUACCCCAGCUUCCUGGUGGAGGACAGCAGUGAGAGUGACACAGACUCUGAUGAUUACACUCCACCUAAAGUGCACAGCCAGAAACCUCUACUAACAGUCAGCUUCACCUCUGGAGACAUCAGCCUGAUGAACAAUUAUGAUGACCUCUCACCCACCCUCAUCCACACUGGUUUAAAAGAUGUUGUAGUUCUGUGGUGCUCUCAGGGAGAUCUCCUGGCUGUGGCAGGGAUGGAGAGAACCCCCCUUUCUCCUGAAACCCCCUGUCCCCUUCCCACCAGGAAUGCUAUUGUCAAGUUCUACAAUGUUCUUGGAGAACACACCUACACUCUCGACACACCUGCACAGCGCCCCAUCACUACGCUCUGUUGGGGUCACCGGGACUCGCGUCUAUUUCUGGCAUCGGGCCCGGCGCUCUACGUUGUGCGAGUGGAGCACCGUGUUGCGUCGCUUCAGCUACUCUGCCAGCAAGUUGUUGCCACAGCAGUAAAGGAGGAAAAGGAUGUUGCCAAGCUCACCAUGCCUUCUCGUCUUUGUUCCUACGUCACUGCUGCUUUUAUCCCCACCAUUAAGCCCCCGAUUCCAGAUCCCAAUAACAUGCGUGAUUUUGUGAGCUACCCAACGUCUGGGAACGAGCGACUGCACUGCACUAUGAAGCGUACUGAGGAUAACCCUGAAGUGGGAGGGCCAUGCUAUACUUUGUAUCUGGAGUACCUAGGAGGUCUGGUGCCUAUCCUGAAGGGCCGAAGGAUAAGUAAACUGCGUCCAGAGUUUGUCAUCAUGGACCCAAAGUCAGAUGGUAAAACAGAUGAGAUCUAUGGCAACAGUUUGAUAUCAGCGAUGAUUGACAGCUGUAACUGCUCAGACUCUAGUGACAUUGAGCUGAGUGACGAUUGGGUCGGCAAGAAGUCUCCAAAGAUAUCGAGAGGAAGUAAAUCUCCCAAACUCCCAAGGAUUAAUAUUGACCCCAGAAAAUCACCCAAACUGUCCCGAGCUACGCAAGAGAUCUCCAGGUCUCCACGCUUACCCAUACGGAAACCCUCCAUUGGUUCACCCAGUCUGUCUCGAAGAGAAUUUCCUCUGGAUGACAUUAAUCAGCAAAACUAUCUUGCUCAGGUCACAUCCAAUAUUUGGGGGACAAAGUUCAAGAUAGUGGGGCUGGCUGCAUUUUUACCAACCAAUCUUGGAGCAGUUAUCUACAAGACAAGCCUCCUCCAUCUGCAGCCUAGACAGAUGACCAUCUACCUGCCAGAGGUGCGCAAGAUCUCUAUGGACUACAUCAACCUGCCUGUUUUCAGCCCUAAUGUUUUCAGCGAGGAUGAAGAUGACCUACCUGUCACAGGUCCUGCUGGAGGUGCUGAUGACAACCCUCCUUGCACUGUAAACAUCCCCAUUGCCCCUAUCCACAGUCCUGCACAGGCCAUGUCUCCUGCCCAAAACAUUGGUUUGGUCCAGUCACUCUUGGCUAAUCAGAACGUUCAGCUGGAUGUUCUAAGUAAUCCCACUGCAUCCCCUGCUGGAGCAUCUGCCAGUGGGCCAGACCAAAGCCAAGAUACAAUGUUGACAGCCCAGUACACUGUACCCACCAGGUACUCCAGUCCUGGUCAGGUCAUUUUUGGGGGACUAGAAAUGGGGCGCCUAAUGGUUGCACCUCCACCAUCUCAUUCAUCACAGCAACAACAGCAACAACCAAGUCAACAGCAGCAGCUACAUCAUCAACAAAUUCAGCACCACCAUCAGCAGCUUCAGCAACAGCAGAUGCUCCAUCACCAACACUUGCAACAGCAGCAGCACAUUCAGCAGCAGCUUCAACAGCAGCUCCAACAGCACAUACAAAUGCAGCAGCAGCAACAACUACAACAACAACAGCAGCAGCAACAACUACAGCAACAACAGCAGCAACAACUACAGCAACAAAUUCAGCUGCAACAACAGUUGCAUCAUCAGCUUCAUUCUCAACAGCAGCUUCAGCAGCAGCUUCAGAUUCAGAUCCCUGUCUCCUCCGUGUCAUCAGGCCAAACCUCAGGUGCUGCUCUGCACCAGCUGCAGCCAGGAGCCCUGCAGAUCCAAAUUCCUCACAUACCAGCUGAUUUAAUUGUUGAUAGAACAGUGGGGGGUGAACAGGAGCACUUACUGAAAAUCAAAACAACUCGGUCAACUCCCCAGCUGGCUGACAGUGAUACAGUUGUGUUCAGUGCCCCUUUAGAGCUCAGUAAGAUGAACCCACCACCUCCUUACCCUGGGACUGUGGCUGCAGCCAUUGCUGCUGCAGCAUCUGCAGCUGCCUCAUCGUCAGCCGCCUCUGCAGUUUCCAACUCCUUAUCUGCAACAGGACUGGCCACAGGUGGAACUCCUCCCCCUGGUGAUCUUUGCCUGAAAAAGGGAGAUUUCUCGCUUUAUCCAUCAGGUUCGCAACAAGCGCAGUAUCCCACACCAAUGGGUUACGAGAGAAUAACAACCUUUGAUAGCAGUGGGAAUGUGGAAGAAGUGUGUCGCCCUCGAACGCGUCUUGUCUGCAAUCAGAAUGUCUACACUCUCCAAGGACCUGGCAACUCUGCCACUCUCAGGGUCACUUCGUCAUCCUCUGCAGCAGACAAGAAAAUUCAGCUGCCCUACACCUCUGCUACCCUUAACAGACUCACUGCACCUCGUUAUUCUAUACCCAGUGGAGACCCACCUCCAUACCCUGACCCAGCCAAUCACAAUAAUGCGGCUGGGAGGAACUCUGGUCAGAGGCUUGAUAGUGGUCUGAUUCAUGCAACCCUUAGGAGGAACAGCCGAGAGGCAGCACUCAAAGUUUCCCAGAUGCUGGAACCACCUAGACCACUGCCUCCCAAGGCUAAAAAUAAUGCACUAACAUCCUCAUUCCAGCAGAGGGUGCCAACAGCCUUAUACACCUGCAGUCAGUGUAGCAGUGGGUCCAGUGUUGGAGGCACUGCACCAGGGAGCGCCAAUGGAAUAGCAGGAGGAACAAUUAUCAGACAGGAUUUCCCUCUGGGGAAUGGAGCGCCACACAGCACAGUUAUAGUUCACUCCAACAGCGCAGCUCCUCUAGCCUCCCAGUCCUCAUAUAGUUUGAUGAGCUCACUUGAAGGAUCUGGGAGUGCAGCAGGAGGAGGAAGUAACAGAGACAGGGCUGAUUAUGUGAAUUCAGCAUUUACUGAGGAUGAAACGCUGAACCAGUCACUGAGGCAUCUGGCAUUAGGAGGAAAUGAGGCAUUAGGGCUUGUUGUUAAACGCCCACCCCCAUAUCAAUGGGACCCAGCUGCAACAGAGGAGGUUUGGGUUCCUCAGGAAAGAACAGCUUCAUUGAACUCUAAUCUCCCGCCUGCACCUCACAAACCACCCCCUCUUAUUCUUAGCUCUGCCCAGCACUUGGAUGUAACCAGAAUGCCUUUAGUCCUUUCUCCAAAGUCCCCCACCAGCCUUAGUGCUGCAUCAUUCCAAGCUGCAGCAGCAGCUACAGGCUACCAGAUCUCUCUUCAGUACCCACCUGCAACUGCCUAUAAUGGAGCCCACCUGCAAGCUAUCCCUGGGUCUCCACGCCCCUGCACCUCCCCAAAGGAGGUGGUGGCGCCUGUGCCCCUCUCACAGCAGGAGGAAACCCUCGUCUUAUCUCCAGGUUAUUCUGCAAAUGUUGCCAACUUGGCCUGCUGUCCCCUCCCACCUUUGUACCCAGGAGGAAGUGCUUGUGCUGGACUGCCCAUACCUCCCAUUGCCCUUCACACACCGUGGGGAACAUAUAAUUCUUGUCCUCCUAUGCCCAGUCCUGCAGUACCACUACCACCCAAAGUGUCUCACAUGGCAGCAGACAAAAAUGUGCUCUCACCACCACCACCACCCCCUCCUCCUCCCCCUCCUCCGCCACCACCACUACCACCACCAGCAGAACUACAAAGUCACGGUGCUUUACAAGAGGGCGUGGCGGAGGCAUUGGAAAGUUUCCAAGAGGUGCUUUCUUUGACUGAGAGCCCUGUGCCACAGCGGUCUGAGAAGUUCACCAAGAAGAACCGCAAGCGGGUGGAUGGUCGGGCCGAGGAGGCUAAUGUGUCUCAGCUAGCCGAAGGGAGCAAAACAAAAAAGGAGGGCAGAGCUCUUGGCGAUUUCAACUCCCUUAUAUCUAGUCCACGGCUGGGAGGAAGAGACAAGAAGAAGCUGAAAGGACAAAAAGAACAGCAAGUGAAGACCAAGAAGCUGAGCAAGGCCACUGCCAACAGUGAGUUCCAAGAUAGUUCAGAAAGUGAACCAGAGCUUUUUAUCAGUGGGGAUGAGCUCCUUAAUCAGUGUCAGAGCGGUAAGAAGGGUUGGAAGAAUAAAAGGAACUUGAGGGCUGCCAAUGAGCUGGAUGAAAUCAAGUGUCGAAAAGCCAAUGAGAAAGAAGACCGAGGACUGGGCAGCCAGGGGUUUGUUUACGUCAUGGCCAACAAGCAGCCACUGUGGAAUGAAGCCACACAGGUGUACCAGCUGGAUUUUGGUGGACGCGUCACACAAGAGUCAGCCAAGAACUUUCAAAUUGAACUGGAGGGCAGGCAGGUGAUGCAGUUUGGCAGGAUUGAUGGCAACGCCUACAUCCUGGACUUCCAGUACCCCUUUUCUGCUGUUCAGGCUUUUGCUGUGGCUUUGGCAAACGUCACUCAACGCCUCAAAUGA